AUGAAAGCUGUUGUUUUGGCUGCAGGUUAUGGGACGAGGCUCCAGAGAGACAUUGAGAAGGAACAGAAUAAACACUUUAAACAUUUACAUGGCGUUGCUAAAGCUCUACUUCCGGUUGGAGACCGCGUCCUCGUCUCCCAUUGGCUCAGAGCUCUCACUCAGUCUGAGUGUAUAGAUCAAGUCUUUGUGGUCACCAAUGCACUUUACCAUGAAGAUUUCCAGCUCUGGGCUCAAGAAUUCCCCAGUGUUCAAGUCCUUAACGACGGAACGAGAAAUAAUGAGAAGCGACUCGGGGCAGUUGCAUGCCUUCAGCUGGCGGUGAAUCACUUUGCUGUGCACGAUGAUGUCAUUGUGAUCGGAGGUGACACACUGUUUAAAGAGGACUUCAGUCUCAGAAAGUUCACAGAGCGAUUUGCUGAGGUGCAGAAGAAAAGUGAAGACGGAAACUUGGUGGUCACUUGUCAGUGCAAGGACGAGGAAACGUCAAAAUACGGCAUCCUGGAGGUGGAUUCAGACUUUCGGGUGCAGCACAUGAAGGAAAAGCCUCUGCCGUCUGAGACACGCUCACGCAGCGCCUGUCCCUGUUUUUACUUGUUUUCAAGAACAACACUUCCUCUGCUGGACGUCUUCCUGAAGGAGAAGGAGACACGGCCACUCGAGGAGAAAGAUGCACCGGGGAACUUCCUGUCAUGGCUUAUAGCAAGAAGGCCAGUGUACGUGCACGAGGUUUCAGGGCGCUUCGAUGUCGGAAACCUGGCAUCGUACACCGAGUGCGACAGAUACUUCAGAGAACAGCUUCAAAAUCCAGACGUUUAUUUAAUCUAGUAUUCCAACAGAGAUAUUUGGAUCCGCAGAUCCCGUGAUGAAAAAAAUAAAAUAAAAUAAAUUUUGUGCUCUAACUGGC